AACAGACUUGUUACCAAAUACGAUUCCAGACUUAACUCAUUAAAAUUGUACUGAGAAAACAGAAACAUAUAAAAAUAAAAAUCCAAAAUGCCCGGGUGCUGUGGCGGCCGCACUUGUGCCGAUGAUUUGAGGGUUGAGCGCGAGAAGAAACGCAAACAAUUGAUGGACUGCGAUCCGGAGGGCGCGAAGGCCAUUAAGAAUUAUAUGCUAUCGCCCGCCGAGUAUGUGCAGCCGUUGGCACUCAAGUUCUAUGCGCGUCACGAUUGGCCGUACUUCCAUUGCAAAAAGGAGGAUGUGCAGCACAUACGAGAGGUGUUUGACAAGGAGGGCCUCAAUCAGGAGGAACGCUUGGAUGGUGUGGUUAAUGUGCCGAAGCGCCCCACUCCAUUACCGGUGACAGAGAAUCAAAUCUACGGCUGGUAUCAGCACCGGGCGUAUCGCUAUUUGCGCAAGGAUCGGGGCGUGUUUGUUUUUCCGCGUGAGAUGGAUCCGGCCAUUAAAGUAAUGCAGACCGAUAAGAAGAAUAACCCACUCUCGCGUUAAAGAUUAGAACGAUUAAAAAUAUUAACAGUCGCGCUGUUAAUUAGAUUUGCAAGCCGUUAAUAGAUUGAAGUCAGCUCCCACACACACAAACCCACGAGCAAAUGAAUAUAAAUUUGUUUACCAGCUGGCUAAUGA